AUGAGUAAUUUCUUCGACGUCAGCGACAGUGACGAAAGCUUGGAAGAGGUCAUCUAUCAAGAUGAACAGGUGGAACGGAAUGUGGCCCAGAUCGACCCCAAGUGGUUUGAAGUUUCUGACGAUGAGGAUGCGGACGAAAAACAUGUUGUUCUCUCCCGUAAUGAGAAAUCCAUAAAUGAAAUUCAAACUUUAAGCGGGCUUUUUGAUUUCAGCGUUGGUCAAGAAUCAUGGUUUGAAGCGGAAAAGACUUUUGUACAGCUGCAACAAAAGGCAUCAGUGCACAAGGAAAAGUUCAAGUCUGCUCCUUGGCCAUUUUUGGAAUGUCUUCAAAAUACUCCUGAUCUUUCAGAAAAAAUGGGUGAAAAGGAGACGUUCAAAAAAGCAGAAGAUUUUUACAGCCUAAAAAGACUUAUCAAGGUCCUCCAUGAAAUGAAUGAAAUGUACAAGGAUGAUAUCGAAAGGAUGCAUGAAGAAGAAAGUGAAGAAGAUAGUGAUGAUAGAACACAGGAAAAGGAAGAAAAAGAGUUAACUGAAGAGGAUAUUAUACAAGAAUUACAGCAAUCAGUAACAUUAAAAGGAAAAAAAGCAACUAGAUAUCAAAAACUUGUUCAAGAAUGCAAGGUAAAAGGUUACACAGCCCUUCAAAUGACGGCAUUGGGUAUUCUUGCAGAUGCUCUUCUUGAUGAAGAUAAUCGUCUACCCUACGUUACCACUGGAACAUGGAUGAAGUCUUUUAACGCUGCAAAUACAUGCUAUACUCUUAUGGUUGCAAAUCCUGCAAUAACUGUAAGAGAAGAUUUUUCGUCAGUUCCUGCCAAUAAUCGUGCCUGUAUAACAGGUGGAUUAUGUGGUCUGUUACUCAGACUUCAAAUGCACUUGCAGCGUAUUACACAAUUUAAGGUUGGUGCCACAGAUGAUUAUUUCGAAGUGAUUCAAUUGGAAAAUCGCCUAGUGGAUUUGACUGAUUCUGUACUUGGAUACUAUCAACAGCGCAGACGUGGUAAGAUAAUUUGUUGUCAAAUUCUUGUUGAUAUCCUUGGCACAAGGCGUCAACAGGCCCAUGACAUACUGUAUUACAAAAUGACUAGUCAGAAACGCAAUAUGGUUACCAGCUCGGUUAUUGAAACGGUACGUAAUAUUUAUCACGAACUCCUACCUAUAGGAGAUGAAGAAAUAAAGUGUCGUGCUCUACUUAAUCUUGCAUACCAGAUGGGAUUGGAAGGAAAAUACCGAGAAGGACGUGAUCUUGUUCUUCGCUCUGGUGUGGAUGGAGUUGUAGAAAGGUCUGUCCAUCUUGCCAUUUUGUAUGACCGAGUUAUUGCACAAUUGGGAUUGUCUUCCUUCGCGGCAGGUGAUAUUAUGCAAGCUUACAACUUUCUCAGCCCUCUAUGGUCUAAUCGAAACCAUGAUGUCCUGAUCAGUCAACGACUUCCAGAUCACGUUAAAGUAAAUGAAGAAGAAGAGUUAAAGUAUCGUGACUUAUUGGUGCCUCCACACGCCUAUAUUCCACAUGCCCAAUUGGAACUUGCCACUAUGCUUUCUACUUUAGUGGUAGAUACAGUAAAGGAAGCCAAAAAACCUUACGAGGGAAGCCGUCAUCAAAGUUACUUUUACAGAGUGAUAAACCAAAUGGCUUAUCAACCAUUAAUGGGUGAACCAGUGGAAUUCAGAGAACAAGUUACAGCUGCCUAUAACGCCUUAAAACUUGGUGAUUACAUUAAAGCCAGUGAGGUUGUAAAAAAUAUGAGCGCAUGGUCGACAAUGCCAAAUGGUGAAGAAGCUCUAAAGAUAUUUUUGCAACACUUGAAGGAAGCAGCUCUCCGUAUCUUCUGUUAUACUAACAGAUGUAAUUUUGCCACAAUAUCCGUAAAUAUGAUGAUGAAGAAGUAUGAGCUAACUGAAAAUGAAGUGAAAUGUGUCAUUAAUGACGUUAUCUCAGAAAAUAACAGUUCUCUCAUAGCAUUCUGGGACAGGGAAGAUCAAUUCCUUCACGUUGACCGAAGCAAUGCCUCUUGGCUUCAGUAUCUUGUGGAAGGGACAUCGGAAAGUGUCGUUGAAGUUGCACAGUAUUCGGAGAAGCGUGUACGAGACAGUGAAUACAGAGGAGGACGAGGACGAGGUCGUGGACGUGGACGCGGCCGUGGUAGGGGAGGCCGUUAA